UUUCUGACCUUUGACCCAUCAUGUGACGGUCCUAUGCCAGCUGGAAGAAAACCAUGUUUUUUUUGCUCCCAGAAAUGUUUUUAGCGAGCGAUGGUGACUUUUUCAACCUCAUCUAUUAGCGAUGUGGAACUCUUGGGAUUGAACUGAAGCAGGACAUCCCACUCUCAGUUAGUUUUCCUCCGUCAGUGCCUUUCGAAAGGCGCUCUGGCGAAGUGACACAGUUUUUGUGAACCAAACUUUGCCCCCCAGGAAAAAAAAGUUGCGUUUGGCGAUUUCGUUUGGCUGUUUUGAAAGAGCGGAACUCUGUCCAUGAUCAUGCCGGUGCCAGGGGAGCCCGAGGUGCGAGGGACAGGUGGACAGGUGGACGUCAUCACAAUGGCCCUUAUCGACGCUGCGUACGAUAAGAACGAGAACGUGCGGGAGUUGAUCGGCACGUCGCUGUACGACCUGGGACGCAAGCAGCCGGUCAUGGUGCUGAGCUCCCUGCACUCCUACCUCAUCAGACAUGCCAAGCUUGCCCAGGGCCAUCGUGUAGUCUUGCUGUCCACCAUCGAGAGGAUUGUAAAGGACACCAUCGACGACAUGCCUCAGACUCUGGCUCGUGACCUCAUCGACCUGAGUUUAGACGAAAUGACCAGGUCAAAGGAUAUCGUGCCUGACUGGCAGACUGCGGCCAGUAACGUGCUGGUUGCCAUGGGAACCAGGUUCUGUAACGAGGUGAUGGAGGGUCUGCACCAGAAGUUCCAGCCGGGCGUCAUGCCUCACUUCUUUGUGGUACAGACACUGGGCAGUCUGGCCUCAGCCAAUGUGUAUUGCAUGGUGCCGUUCCUGACAGCAGUGUUAGGUACCAUGUUACCCAUGCUGGGGAUGGCCAAACACGACAACAUGAAAUGGGUCUUCGCUCACGCCAUUGGUAAGUUCAGUGAGGCCAUCCUAGACUACGUAGCUAACAUCGACAAGGCUCCAGACCCCACAGUCAAGAAAGAGAUGUUCUCUGGAGAGAUCUACUCUGCCUACGAGACGUUCUUCAAGGUGUGGCUGCAGUCUAAGGAACCUAAGCUGCGGCUGGCCGUUGUGGAGGCUGUUGGUCACAUGAGCCACAUCCUGACCCGAGACAAGCUGGAGGAACAGCUGACACAGCUGGUGCAGGGCAUUCUGGGACUGUACAAGAAACAGCCUGAGCCCUUCUAUGUCACACAGAGCUUGUGUAUGAUCCUGGAUGCAGCGACGGUGGAAGAGAGCACCAUUCUGGAACCUCAGCUGGACAUGCUGCUGAAUUCUCUCCAUCCCGGGGUUUGUGCCCAGCCUGACUUCAACAAUGCGAUGUCUGUGAAGAACCACAAUGAACUGUUGAGAUGCUUCACAGUUAUUGCCCGGUCGUUCUCUGACAGGACCAUCGGGUUCCUGAUGCAGAAGCUGGAGAGUGGCGGUCUGGUCAACUCAGAGAAGAACAGGAUAGGAACCCUGGAGAUCAUCAAACAUCUCAUCAACUCUGCAGGCCCAUACAUGGAGGACAAGAAACCUCUGGUGGUGUCAGGACUACAGGCAAUUCUCACAGAAAACAACAACAAGGUGAAGCGGAUGUUUAGUCAGGUGAUCAUCGCCAUGGCACACCACGAGUACCUGGAGCUGGAGGGGGGGACACUCAUGGUGGAGUUCAUCGUCAGACAGUGUACACUCCCAAACAGUCCUCCUGGCAAGAGGCCUCCGGAUCCGGACUUUGUUACGAACGAGAUGCUACGUUCCAUGUGCGAGAAUGUGCUCCAGCUAGUGACGACAACAAUAGAGUGCAUGGAGAGGGUUCUGUGGCCUUACAUAUUGGAACUGUUAGGACCACCACAGUACACGACAGCCUUUGGUUCCAUAGCCCGCUGUGCUGCUCACAUCGCCAACAAGAAACGGGAGGCAGAUGACGAAGAUUACAUGCUGGACUAUGAAGUUUCAGUCAAACCAGGUCUUAAUCAAGUGAACAUUCCAAAGCCACCUGCCAUGAUAGCCAGACUUGUGGUGAUGGCAGGACAGCCCCAUGCGGGUGGAGGACGUGGCCAGCAUAUCCUGUUGCUGAUGAAGGGCCUGUCUCCCAACCUGCACCCUGACCUGGUCGACUUAUGGGACGCCGUCGUGCCAAAACUCAUCCAGUUCUUGGAAGAUUGUGAUGAAGAUGAAGAGAAGUGGUCGCAGAAAACCUGGGAGGAUCUGAUGCUGAAGAUGCUGUCCAAAAGCAUGGAGGUGGUGAACGAUGAUGACUGGGUGGUAGAGUUUGGAACAGAGAUGGGGAAACAGAUCCCUCUGUACAACAGUCAUCCAGAGGAGAAGAACUUCCUGUACAAGUGCCUGGGUGUCAUCAUGCGGUCCUGCAGUAAUAAACAGUUUGUCCAGCAGCAUCUGGACCUGCUGUUCUCCACGGUGAGACACACCAGUCAGGUGGAGAGGGAGGGGUGUGCCAUCGGGGUGGGGUACUGUGCCUCCUCUCACCUGGACACAGUUAUAGCCAAGCUAGAGGACGUGGCCAAGAAGGACAUGGUCAGGAAGUCUACUGGCUUCAUGGGGCUACUCAAGGAUAAGUCGGAGAUUGAUGUAGAGAGAGUGAAGAGUACAGUGAUGCUGUGCCACGGUUAUCUGACGUUCUACGCUCCUAUCACACUGGUCACGUCCAGGAUAGAGUCCAGCAUCCUGCGCUCCAUGAACCCACAUUUCUCCAACGUCAAGGACCCGAGUGUGAAACAGAACUUGAUCCGUGCGGUGGAGUUGAUCGGGAAGGCCCUGCACCCCUCCCACCUCAACGCCCUGUUUGAGUUCAGCAGGAGGGGCGAGCUCAUCACACACAUGCAGGAGUACAUCAAGGUUGAGAGUAUGUCAGCCCUCCACAGUGAGACCAGAGCCCUGGCUAUGAAUGCCUGUUCCACACUGGUUCAACUUGACCCCAAGAUGAAUGAGGCAGACACCUUUGACCUGAUCAAGGUCACCACGGACAGUGUGUACGGCCUGCCUGCCCACGGUGGGGUGGGGGGCAAGGGGAAGGAGGACGGUGGUGGGGAGGAGGACAAGGGACCACAGGCCAUGAUGCAGGAGGCCCUGGACAGUCUGAACAGCCUGCUGAGGGAGGUGCUGAAGAAGAGUGUGACACCAGACGGGCUGCAGGAGAUCUUCAAGCAUCUGGAACCUUGGAUGGUGUCGGCCCAGGACCAUGAGAGGGAGAGAGUGAUGCACACGGCUCUGGAGAUGUUUAACUGCUAUCUGGAAAAUCUGGAGUUCGGUCCUCUGAGCCCCACAGUGUUCAGUAACCACGGUACCCUGCUGGCCAGGCUGACCCCCCGCUGUACUGACCCCUCCCUGACCGUCAGGCAGGUGGCCAUCGACUGUGUACAGGUGGUGCUCAAGAUAGGUCUCAGAUACGAAGGCCAGCCAGUUGACCACAAGGACCAGAUGGUGGAAGCCCUGACCACCCUGAAGGAGAGAGUGGUCAAGGAUGACCCCCAGGUCCUCUUCAGUGUGGUCAGUGACCUGGCCAAGGUUCUUGUGAAGAAGGUUCCGACAGACCAGUUGUUGCCGUUCCUGGACCGACUCCUGCAGGGUCUGAUUGACGUCCACCCUCACGCCUCCAGCGGGGCCUGUGUCGUACUCAACAGUAUGGUCAAGACACGAGGGUCAUCCCUACACCAGCAGGUGCGUGACGUGGUUGACGCGCUGCACGUGAAGCUGGGUGAGAUCACCGUGGAGCAGACGAAGAAGGGCACCCUGCGUACCGUCCGCACCAUGGCAACACACCAUCUCGUGGGCGUGGCAAACGCACUCCUCAACAAACCACUGCCUUUUGAUGAGAACCUGGUGGAGUGUUGGAAGAUCCUGGCAGCAGAGCCCCAGCUCACCACUAACCUGAUUGACCACCUGCUGGAGAUCAUGGCUCGACACGUGCCCUACGAGGAGAAGGCCGUCAAGGACAAGAAACAGCGACCUCCGCGCACGGCCACCGCUCUACCCAUGGCUGUUUCCUGUGCCCUUGCUGAGAUUUUGCAGGUUCCAGAGACAGAGGAAGUUGUCCUCAGUAACUACCACAGGCUGUUUUCUGCCAUCAUGGUCAGGGUCGGGGCCACUACGGGCGUCAAACGACCUCCUAAGGAAACACAGGCCGGCUCAGAACAGAAACCAGCCCCUAAACCAAAGAAGAAAGAUGCCGGCACUAUGUCUCAGAAGAAAGAGCUAGAUCCUUGUGACCAAGCCAUUGAAACAUUGCAGGGCUUCCUGACCAGGAGUAAGAGUGAAGGAAUCCUUGAGCUGAUGGAAGAGGAAGGAGGCUGGGAACUCCUGAAGGAUGUGGACAAGUUUCAGGAUGGAAUCAUGCUGCUAGCCAGGGGUCUGGCCACCUCCAAUGUCCAGCAUGUGGCCCAAGUGGUGGCCUGUCUAAACUCAUUCCUGUCCAGCCUUCUCGAGCCACAGAGGGUUGUAGUCGUUGCCUUCUUUGCAGAGCUGAUUAACCAGAAGUGCGUGAAUGACCUGAUGUUGGUGGAGCUGCUGGUGAACAGCAUGCUGGGAAGGCUGGUGGACGAGAGCCACAUCGUGCGCAUGUUGUGCAUCCGAGGGCUGGGAAACAUCGCCAGUGUGGGGGACGGACAGGUUCAUAAGUACUCCACGACGGUUCUGUCCGCCAUGAUGGCGGGGAUGGACGACAAGGAAGACCCGGAGGAUGACAUCACACUGGAGGCCAUGGCCGGUCUGUCCAAGAUCCUGGCAGAAAUCGACGAGGGAAACGUGCGCGCCAUUCUCAUCAACAUCACACUCAGGAUACGGCCUUGUUUCGAAAAGGAGAAAUCCUCGGUGCGAGCAGAGGCGUUCAAGCUGUUUGGGAACCUGUCUCGGUUUGGGGACGGCCCGUCCAAGGCUCCGUUCCUGGAGCAGAUCCACACCAACUUCAUCUCACUACUACUUCAUCUGAACGAUGAGGACGAUGAAGUCAAGAAGGGUUGUAAGUCGGCACUGCGUCAGCUGGGGCCUCUGAUUGGUUCAGACGUGAUAAACGACAUGUUUCAGAAGCACCUAUUGGAGGAGGCAAACCUGCACUACGGAGAGUUCAUGAACAACCUCGCCAAGGCUCUGCUACAGAAAAAUUCACGCCGAGAUGAUGAUGAUCCUACUAUUACUGACUUCUCUGACAAGAUCAACUUCUAUGUGAUGGGCUGUGUGUCCUUCUUCAAGAGUACAUGGGAAACCAUCAAGGGAAAUGCUGCCAUGUUUAUAGGUUUCUUGCUAGGAAACCUUCCCCAGGAUAAGCACAUGGCGAUCAGUAAGGAGCACGUGUGUGGAGCCCUGAUGCAGCUAUUGAAGGACCCCUCUGCCCAUGUGAGGAUACGAGCAGCUGAGGCUAUGAGUCUGCUGCACGAGUACUGAUGUCAUCAUCAUUAUCGUCCAAUGGCUGCAGAGUACAGAGGAGUCAACCAUACAUCUCAUCAAGGCUUGUCAAUCAAUAGCCAUGCACUGAUGUCAUCACCAUCAUUGUCCAAUGGCUGCAGAGGAGUCAACCAUACAUCUCAUCGAGGCUUGUCAAUCAAAUUAGCCAUGCACUGAUGUCAUCAGCAUCAUUGUCCAAUGGCUGCAGAGGAGUCAACCAUACAUCAAGUCAAGGCUUGUCAAUCAAAAAUCAUGUACUGAUGUACACAGGUGCAAUACCAUAUGACAUGCCUUAUAACAUACACUUGGAAAACAGCUGAGUCCAUCUUCUUUUUUGCAGUAUUUUCUAGACUUUCUUCUCUGCUUUGUCCAGCAAAUUUUGAUUCUGCAAUGACAGAAUGGAAUACAGGUUUGGCAGUCUAAUACAGGGUGAUGAAGUAGUCCUGCUGUUUCUGUUGAAUUCUGGCUUGACUGGUGUUAAACUUUCAGCAUGCUAAGGCACCAAAUUAAUUUUGUAACAGUUAUGUGGUUAGGCAAAAGGGACAAGGUUAUUACACUUUUUAAAUGACUAUACAUGUACUAGGAACUUCAUGAAUGAUGUAAAGUAAGGGAAGCAGUAUGAUUUUCAUUGUUUGAUGGAAUUCAUAUUUCUCGCUGCAUGACAUGAUACUUGAUCUUGUUUUGUUAUAAAUUGAUGAUUAAGAGUAUGGUAUAAGUAAGGUACUUUGGAAUAGGAAAUGGUUGCCUGAGUUAAUCCUUGGUUGUUGUUCUGAGCCAGUGGCCAGAAUUGCUAUGGUGAGAGAAAUUACUAAAAAUGGUAUGAAUAUUUUUAUUACUGGACAAGAAUAUAUAAAUUAAAUUGUUUACAUGUAUACAGAUACAUGUAUUUAUGUACUAUUUCUGUUGAUUUAAGAACCUGCUGUAAUGAUAUUUGUUAUCAAUAUUUUUGUGAUCUUUAAGAUUUACAGCUAAGCGUAUAAAAUACCUAAAUUAAUACGCUGCAGUCAGUUUAGUGGAGAUGAAGUAUAAUAUUUUAUUUAUCAUAAUGGGUAUAGUCAGUGAUAUAUUCCAUAUAAAUCAAUGAUAUUGGAGUAGGAUCUUAAUCUUUGUUACUUGACAGAAUAGAGCAAUCUAAUUGUGAUAGGCAUGCAGGAUUGAUCUAUAUAAUGCCACACCGACUUAAUUUUAUGGAUGACAUCCUCUGCAGACCCCCGAACUAGUGCGCGC